AGAGGAGUGUGAAACCUGGCGAUGAUCGUAGUGAGUUUACUGAGGCAGGUGCAGAGUGCUGACAAUCCAAUCCUUCGUAUUUCUUUUAAUAUUUUUAACGAAGCCCCAAAAUGGAUCUGACACAGGCGGAGUGCGUCAUUAAGAAUAUAAUCCGAGAAAUCGCCCAAGAGUGCGCUGAUAGGGGGCACUCCAUCUCCGAGACCCUUGUAGCAUUCAUGGUUAAAGCGGUCGUUCUGGAUCCAAGAUAUGAGUUCAAUGUCGAUAGAAAACUCACAAAGACUGAUGUGCACAAGCUCAUUACGGUUUGUGUGGACAGAUUGCUUGAAACAGACCGGCCCUCUCUCGACACCAUCAAGAUGCAAAUAUAUUUUGAUAUGAAUUACACAACUAGAGCGGAAUUCCUUUCAGAACAUCGUUGUGUACUGGAGACUAGACUGGCUCCCGUACGCAGAGAAAUCACAGAUUGUCGUGCGAGGACACGAGAAGAACUGGAAUGUCUGUAUCGCAAAGUUGUCAGCUACGUCCUGCUCCACUCUGGCCUUGGUUCCCCCACUGACAUCAGUGUAGUGAGAGAGGCAACUGCUGCUCUGCAAAGUGUCUUUCCUCAAACAGAACUGGGUACCUUUCUUGCCCUCACAAAAAAGGACAAGGAACGGCAGCUGAAUGAACUAAGCAUGAUUGUCACUGGCAUCCGACUGUUCAACAAAAAUUGCAAGAAGGGUGGCGAGGGUAUUGAUGACUUACCUGCCAUUCUAAAUGAAGCUCUGCCGGCAACCAAACAAAAUGUGGAGACUGAGCUGCAGGCUACUCGGCAAUUGAUUUAUUACUACACGGCCAUUAUCGAGAGGCUGGAGAAAAGUCGGCAACAGUGCUAUGAAUCUGAUGGUCUCCAUGACAAGCUGAAGGAGGCUUUGUUCAACGUGAGGCAGCAUGAACUCUUUCUAUGUAUCGUCGUGAAUGAAAUCGUCACAUGUGCUAAACAGGUUGAAAUGCGACAGCAACAAUUCAGCAAGCAGAUGGAAGAGUUGAACGCUGUGGUUAAGUCAAAGGCAGCGGUACCCACUGCACAAGUAUAUCCUCAUUUUAUUAGGCUCUCCAACCUGUGGAGCUCUUUCCAAGAUGAGAUGGUGCUGCUCAGCGUCUUCAGCAAUUUGGUAACCAACUUAGAUCCGUACUUGGGAACUCACUCACAACUGUUUCCAGAUGCUGUCAUCCAGCCCUUGCUGGAAGGAGUGGAAGUGAAAACGGAUGAAGAGAGACUAAGUGAGGUAUCAGAACAAAAAGUAAUUCCAGCAGAGCUCAAGAAUUGUGAGUGGUUCUUUCCAGAAGGUGCACACCUUUAUCACCAACUGAGCACCCAGUAUCGAGGAUUCUGUGCAUACACACUUAGUGCAAGACAUGGACUCCUUCUCAGAGGCAACCCCAAUAUUGGAAUUCUUAAAUAUCAAGAAAAAUAUUACACCUUCUCCUCAAAGGAAGCUGCUGUUGCUUUUGCUCAGAAGCCUGACUAUUACAUCACUAAGGCAGCAGAGGAAGCCAAACAGUCCCCAGAGCUCAUUCAGCUGCUGGAGCUCCACCAGCAGUUUUCCUCAGUUGCUACCUAUGGGCAGCCAAAGAAAUGCUUGAGGCCCAUCGCAAAAUGUGACAGCUGCACACAAACUGACACUCACAUCCUGGAGCCAAACAUCAUUAGAUCUUAUGAAUGGAAUGAGUGGGAGUUAAGAAGAAAAGCGAUUAAAUUGGCAAACCUGCGACAGAAAGUCACUCGCCACAUGCAGACAACUCUCAGCCAUAUGAGAAGAGAUAACACCUCCCAAGUCUACCUUCCUAAGGAUAAGGCACUACAGACAAAAAGAGAUAAUUCCAGCAAUGUGCCCAAGCCUCAGGUCUUCUAUGCUGGCCUUCGUGGAGGAAACGUUACAGAACCUACGCGCAUGAUCAAAUUAAACUUAACAAGAGCUGUCAAUGAAACAUAAAACUGAGCUUCCCCAUUCCUUAAAAAAAUUAUUAAUAAUGCUUUCUCACUAAACUUUAUAUGGCUUUUGACUGUCAGAUUGUUACUUUAAAGGCACAAUUUUAAAAAAAUAUGUAGAUAAGUACACUUCAGAAUUCCUAUUCUAUUUCUGCUAUUGCAGUAGAAUUUGUUAUCAGAACAAUCUCUGGCACAAGCUUUGAAUGAAGUUGAUUAAAUUUGUUAAUUAAAAAGAUAAUUUUCAUGGAUUUGGACUAUUAAAUUCAAGCAUAUUCUUAAACCACUUCAGGAAUUUUAGAUGUAUCAGACUCUAAAUUAACGAGCAGCUUCUUGUCAGUGUAAACACAAUGUUAAAUUAGUCUUGAGCUUAAUUAAAGUGAAAGAUGUGCUUGGCAAUCAAAUACUUCACUGUUAAAGAGAAGUGAGGUUUAGGGGAGGGUAGCAAGAUGAUGGUGUCAAUAUAGAAUAGAAGUGGCCUGGUUUAUUAUUGUGAUUUGACAUCUACCAAGCAGACAGCUAUGUUCUAUAUGGUGUUGAGAUUCUUAAAUGUUCUUGAAUCUGCGUGCAUCCAGGUAAUUGCAAAGUAUUCCAUCACAAUCCUGACCUGAGUCUUGUAGACAGUGGUCUGUUGGGUGGUGAGAUACUUACCAAAUGAAUUCUAACCUCUGAGCUGUUCUUGUAGUUACAGUUUGCCAUAUUUCCAAGUUUGUAUUAUUUGCUAGAGUUAGACCAUUGCUUUGUAAGUGAUGUUAAAGAAUGACCUUCCAAGUGGAUGCAAAAAUCCUGCAGCCAUAAUUGAAAUGCUGUUGAAAAGAUAGAACUUGUUAGGGAGGAACUUCAGGGACAAAUUUACAAUCUCUUUUCCCACAUCUGGGAAGCAGAGGACAUGAAAGGAAACUCAGAACACAUAACUGUGGCCAUCUCUCUGACGGUGGUGUCUGAAAAGAGGAUGCUGUCCAAGUUGCAUGCCAUCUUGGACAAUAUCUCCCAUCUACUCCAUCAUGUACUGGUUAGGUACAGGAGUACAUUCAGCCAGAGACUCAUUCCACCAAGAUGCAACACAGAGCAUCUUAGGAAGUCAUUCCUGCCUGUGGUCAUCAAACUUUACAACUCCUCCCUCGGAGUGUCAGACACUCUGAGCCAAUAGGCUGUUCCUGGACAUAUUUCCACUUGGCAUAAUUUACUUAUUAUUAUUUAAUUAUUUCUGGUUUUAUUUUGCUAUAUUUCUAUUCUGUUCUUGGUUGGUGCAACUGUAAUGAAACCCAAUUUCCCUCGGGAUCAAUAAAGUAUGUGUGUCUGUCUUCAAGGAAGGAGAUAAAUUCAGUUCUGGGUAACUGUAGGAGGUCUCCCUACUGUCUACCACCUAGGGACUAAAUCACAGCUAAGUCACCCACCUGCUUCUAAGUGCCCUGAAUUGUAUUGUGAAUUCCAUCUAUCCAGAAGUAUAACAGGCAUGAUCUUUGAAUGUUAACUGCAAGAUAAAUGCAAGGAAUAGCAUCCUCCACUAAACUUGCAUUUAUCAACUGCACAAAAACCUUUAACCCUGUCAACUGAGAAGGAUCAUGGAGAAUUUUUUUCAACUGUGUCUGCCCUUUGAAGUUACUCUACAAACUACUUUCAAGUAAGGACCCAGUAGCAUUGGAAGUAGUCCAAAAGAUAAUCCAGUGAGACGAGAGAAUUCUUCUAUCAUGAGAGGUUAUAUAGGUUGGGUUUCAAUUCUUUGACAUUCAAAGAUAUGUUAUCACAUUGAAAUGCAAGAUCCUAAAAUGGCAUAUCAAGAUAAGAUGUCAAGGUGCUUUCAGUAGUUGGAGAGUCUUAAACAAGGGAACGUUGUUUCAAGGUGUUGGUAAUUUAAGACAAAGAUUUGUAGCAAUUUUUUCAUGCAGAGGAGAAUAGUGAAUCUCUGAAAUUUUCCACCUAGAGAGUUAUGGAAGCUAUAUCACUAUAAAUAUUUAAAAUGGUGGUAUGGAUACACUUUUUAAAAUAUGGUUGAAUUGUGGAGUAUGGGGAACUUCUACAGAGGUGGAGUUGAGGUCUGGGUUAGAUUAGGGGCUUGGUGUUCUACACCUGCUCCUGUUUUUGUGUUCCUCACUAUGUUUUGACAUGCAAACUUUGAUUCUAACCAGUGGGUCCACCCCAGAGCUACUUCCUGGCAGACAAGAGACGAGUAAGUCUGUACCAUUGCUCCAACCCUUUUCUUUAUUUUUUCCAAAUGCAGUAGUAUACACAUUUCUCACAAACAUCCCACAGGAGUGCAGCAAACUGAUUAGAUAAGUAGUUCCCCUCUGCAGAACAAAUAUCUCUCCAACCUCAGUUAUUGUCAGAGUCAUAGAAUGAUAUAUCAUAGAUACAGCCCCUUCAGCCUAACCCAGGGGUCAGCAACCUUUACCACUGAAAGAGCCGCUUGGACCCGUUUCCCACAGAAAAGAAAACACUGGGAGCCGCAAAACCCGUUUGACAUUUAAAAUGAAAUAACACUGCAUACAACGUUUUGUUUUGCCUUUAUGCUAUGUAUAAACAAACUAUAAUGUGUUGCAUUUAUGAAAUUGAUGAGCUCCUGCAGAGAAAACGAAAUUACAUUUCUGCAUGCAACAAAAACAUUUUGAACUCCGAAAAUAAGAUGUUGGGUUGAAGGUUACUUUUAAGUAAAAUACUCAACAUCUAUUUGAGUCCUUCUUGUGUUUAUGAAAAACGCUAAACUUAAAUUUGCCGCCAGCAGCAAACCAAAAAUAACGUCAGCCAGCUGUCAACCUGAAAAAUAAAAGGACUAUUUCACUGAACAAUGAAAACAUAUGAAUAUACGUAAAAUAAUAGGCAAUUAAAAUAUUUAUCAUACUUGGUCAGGUUGACUCACACCUGACAAUGCAGUCGUAUUCGGUAGGGAUGGAUCGAUGCUUAGGGGAGUGACCGGGAAGGAUAAUGUGUUUUUUUCCUCUCUGAACUCACAGAAGCGUUUCCCAAACGAUGUUUGCAUUGCGAUGAUUGCAGAAUGUAAAUACUCCGAAUUUAUCAUGUCGUGACCUUGUUUGAACUCUCUCAAAUUGGGGAAGUGAGACAAUGUGCCUUUCUGUAAAUCUCUGGCAAGCACUGUCAACUUGCGCUCGAAUGCCAAAACAUCCUCCAACAUGUGUAGGGCUGUAAGUCCUUACCCCUGAAGAGCUGUUUUCAGUGUGUUCAGGUGCGCUGUCAUGUCUACCAUGAAGUGUAGCUUUUCCAGCCACUCUGGCUGUUCCAGCUCAGGAAAGGUGAGCCCUUUGCUGCCCAGGAAAGUUUUCACUUCUUCCAGACACGCGACAAAGCAUUUCAGCACCUCCCCUCUGGACAGCCAGCGAUAAAAACACGUUGUAGCGGUGUGCUCACGCAGUCAGUAAACUGCAGUCGAAUAACUUUAUUCGAACUAAACAGCCUUGCUUUUAAGCCUCCCUCAACCCAGCCCCCAUGGACGCAGAUGCUGCAAAAGACGCGUACUCACAAACCCCCGUAGGCUAUCUCCCUUAGCCGGAAUGCUGGCUAAUUGUGAGCCGUUUCGGAUGUGCCAGGAAAUGUGUCGCCACACUUAGAUUGUACAAGAUCACCAUAAUCUUCAAAUUUAGAAUUACAUUUCAAAAGCUAACAAACUAACAUAAAAUACAUUUUAAUUAAAUACUGACCAAUUAUUUCCCAAAGCCACAGGGAGCCGCAGCACAGAGGUGAAAGAGCCACAAAUGGCUCGGGAGCCGCGGGUUGCCGACCCCCGGCCUAACCUGUCCAAGCCAACCACAUUGUCCACAUAACUAGUCCCAAUUUCCUGCAUAUCCUUCCAGAUGACUCUACUCCAGCUAUCUAUUCAGCUACUUCUUAAAUGAUGCUAUUUAACUGCCUCAACCAUUCUCUCUGGCAGUUUAUUCCAUAUACUCACAAUACUGUGUGGAAACAUGUUGCUACUCAGGUUCCUUUUAAAACUUACCCCUUACCAUAAAUCUAUACCCUCUACUUUUAACUCUGCCACUUGGAAAAGAUGGUUACUAUUCACCUUAUCUAUGCUUCUCAUGAUUUAUGUGAUCGCUCCUCAUUCUGAGCAAUAAAGACACCUUUCCUUAAAACUUGGGCCCUAUAGUCCUAGCAACAUCCUCAUUUUUCUCUGCACUCUUUCCCAGUCCAAUUGCAUGUUUCCUACAAAUUUAUAGAGGCAAUUCUGAAGGACAAGUUCUACCCAUCACUUGGAUAGUCAAGGCCUGAUCAGGAACAGUCAGCAUAGUUUUGUGCAUAAUAUGUAACGUCUGACAUAUCUUUCAAAGUUAUUUGAGGAGUUAACUAAGGGGACAGAUAAAAGGAGAGCAGUGGAUGUUGUCUACAAGGACUGUAGUAAAGUCUUUAUGGUUACCUUCAAAUUAGAGAUUUUCUGCGUUCUCAAUUGGCUACCUUUCCUUCAAGUUCAGAUAAGAAUCUCUUAGAUGAUAUUUUAAAUUUAAAACCUUUUUUUGAUGGCUCAAUCCCUAAUAUAUAUAAUAAACUGCUUAUGUUUAAGCAGCUUUCUUUACAUAAUAUUAGGCAAGCUUGGGAGCAUGAUCUGAAUAUGCAAAUCUCUGAUGAAGAUUGGAAUGCCAUUUUGAAAUUAGUGAAUAAGUCAUCUUUUUGCACUUGCCAUUCUUUGGUACAAUUUAAAGUGGUACAUUGGGCCUAUUUGUCUAUAGAGAAAUUAUCCCAUUUUUACUCUAUGUCCCAGCUUAGAAAAAUUUUGGAAAGAUGUAUUUUCUACUUUUUCUCAACUUUUUAACACUAACUUUGAAGCUAAUCCUCUUACUACUCUCUUUGGUAUUCUCCGAACUCAAGAUAUAACUUUACACUCCCUCAGACUUGAAUGUUCUAGCUUUUAUCUCACUUAUGGCGAGAAAACAGAUUUUGCUCAAAUGGAAAGAAGCAGUCUCUCCUACUCAUAUGCAGUGGUUAGAAGAUAUUAUGACUCAUCUUAGCUUGGAGAAGAUUCGGUGUUCUGUUUCUAAUUCAGUACAGUACUUUUAUACAACAUGGGGUCCUUUUAUGAACUACUACAACUUGUGAAAGGUUUUUUUUCUACGUAGAUGUUAUUAAUUAUGUUAUUUGUUAACAACUAAAUAUUUUUUCCUUGUUCUUACCCAUUGGCUUUCUUGGUAGGGGCUAGAUUUUUUUUAUAUAUAUAAAAUUCCUAAUGUAUACUCUAUAAAUUUGCAAUAUUAGUAAUCAUUACUGGAGUACUAUAUACACAUAUGUUACUCACUCCUAUACAGUUCAAUUUUUCUAUUGUCUGUAUUCUGUUAGUAAUUUUUUUAAUAUAUAUACUCUAUUUGUUAUAUAUUCUUGUA